AUGUCUUUUCAAAAAGAUGUCCUAAGAACCAUAGUGUCAGUGGCUGUGAAAACCGUCUUUCUUUUACAGAUUGGGGUUGGGACUCUGGCUAAUGUCAUUCUCUUCUUCCAUAAUGUCUCUCCAAUCUUGCUUGGCCACAAGCACAGCCCCACACACACAAUUCUCACCCACAUGGCCAUGGCCAAUCUCUUGUUUCUUCUCUCCACUGGAACUCCCCACAUGGAGGCAGCUUUUCUUUUGAGGAAGCCCUUGUCCAGUCUUGGGUGUAGAUUUGUAUAUUAUAUACAGAGAGUGGCUCGCGACACCAUGCUGUGCUACACCUGUGUCCUCAGCACCUUUCAGUUCUUCGCUCUCAUCCCUGGGAGACUGGAGUGGAUGAUGCUCAGCGGAAGAGCCCCCAAGAUCAUUGGUCCUUCCUGUUGCAUCUGCUGGAUGUUUAGUUUCUUAAUGAAUAUCUAUAUUCCCACAAUAAUCACUGGUGCACAGGACAUAGGAAAUGAUACUGACUUCCAAGGGAAGUGGUUCUGUUCAUCCUCAAGUUCUGGUGCAGAAAUGGUCAUCCUGUGGUCCGUCUCUGAUGCCAUGUUUAUUGGCAUCAUGGGCUGGGCCAGUGGCUCCAUGGUGCUUCUCCUGUACAGACACCACCAGAGAGUGCAGUAUAUUCACACACUCAACAUCUACUACAAAUGCCCCCCGGAGACCAGAGCCGCCCAUACCAUCCUGAUUCUGGUGGUCACUUUUGUUAUCUUCUACAUACUGAAUUCCAUUCUUGCUUUUUACAUCACUGUCUUUUUGGAUACUCGUCUAUGGUUAAUGCAGAUUUCUCAUAUUUUGGCUUUUUGUUUCCCCACUGUUAGCCCCUUACUGCUGAUCCUUAGAAAUCCUAGAGCUGCUAAUUUCUGCUCUUGA